AUGACCUCGGUCGACGAGGCGGACGAAAAAACGCGGCCCUCAGAGCAGCCAAAGGCGAGCUCGAAGAAAUGGUACUCACGUUCGAAGGCAUCAUCAGUUUCCGAGAAGAAGGAGAGGAUCGACGACGCGGAGGGUACAAAAGAUGUCGAAGUGAAGGCAGACCCCGCGGUACCACCUGUUACCUUUACCCAGCUUUUCAGGUUUUCUACCAAAUUCGAACUCUUCCUUGAUUUAAUUGGGUUGAUUGCUGCUGCAGCAGCUGGGGCGGCCCAGCCAUUAAUGUCUCUGAUGUUCGGCAAUCUUACACAAGACUUCAUCAAUUUCGGUCAUGCAGUCAGUGGUUCAACCGGCGACGCAGACUCUGCUGCAGCCAUCGCCGCCGCCGCGGAUAGCUUCCGCACGAAUGCGGCAAAGAAUGCCAGCUACUUGGUCUACAUCGGUUUGGGAAUGUUCGUAUGCACCUACCUCUACAUGUACAUCUGGGUCUACACGGGAGAGGUCAACGCGAAGAGAGUCCGAGAGAGGUACCUCCAGGCUGUCCUUCGUCAAGACAUUGCUUUCUUCGACAACGUCGGUCCCGGCGAGGUCGCCACUCGCAUCCAGACCGACACUCACUUGGUUCAACAAGGCAUCUCAGAGAAGGUCGCGCUGGCAGUCAACUUUAUCGGCGCCUUCGUUUGUGGUUUCAUCUUGGCCUACAUACGCUCCUGGCGUCUCGCUCUCGCGAUGUCCUCGAUUCUGCCGUGUCUUCUCCUCACAGGCGGUUUCAUGAACCAUUUCGUAUCCAAAUACAUGACGUAUGUCAUUUUCACGCUUGUCCUUUCGUCUCCUGCUCACAGUCAAGACAGGCUGGCGCGCACUCAUAUUGCGGAUGGCGGCACUCUGGCCGAAGAAGUCAUCUCGACCGUCCGCACUGCCCAGGCAUUCGGGACGCAGACCAUUCUCUCCAACCUCUACAAUGUUCACGUCGACAAGGCUCUAGGGUAUGACAUGAAGAACGCCCUCUGGAAUGGCGGUGGAUUUGCUCUUUUCUUCUUCCCGUAUUACGCCGUGUAUUCAUUGGCCUUCCACUUUGGAAUGAAGCUCAUCAACAGCAACCAUGCUACCCCUGGUGAAAUCAUCGCAGUCAUCUUCGCCAUUAUCAUUGGAGCCUUCUCGUUGGUCAUGUUACCACCGGAGCUUGAAGCAAUCAACAACGCCCUUGGUGCUGCGGCGAAGUUGUAUAGCACUAUCGACCGUGUCCCGGACAUCGACUCUGCAAACGAAGGUGGCCUCAAGCCGGCGACUGUCACCGGCGAAAUUACAUUGGAGCACAUUGAUUUCAGUUACCCGUCUCGUCCCGAUGUGCAAGUCGUCAAGGACCUCUCUCUCACUUUCCAGGCGGGGAAAACCGCAGCACUCGUCGGUGCUUCAGGCUCAGGAAAGUCGACCGCUAUCUCCUUGAUUGAACGUUUCUACGAUCCCACAUCCGGAGUUGUCAAGCUCGACGGUGUCGAUAUCAAGGACCUCAACUUGAAGUGGCUGCGAUCGCAAAUCGGCCUUGUUUCCCAAGAACCCACGCUUUUCGCUACGACUAUCAAAGAGAACGUCGCCUUCGGUCUCAUCAAUACGCCCUACGAACAUGUAUCAGAAGAGGAGAAGUUCAAGCUGAUCAAGGAGGCUUGCAUCAAAGCCAAUGCCGAUGGUUUCAUUUCCAAGAUGCCUAUGGGUUACGACACGAUGGUUGGCGAACGUGGGUUCCUUCUUUCUGGUGGUCAGAAGCAGCGUAUCGCCAUCGCCCGUGCUAUCGUCUCCGACCCUCGGAUCCUGCUGCUGGAUGAAGCCACCAGUGCACUUGACACUCAGUCUGAAGGCAUUGUCCAGGACGCCCUCGACAAGGCUGCUGCAGGUCGAACCACUAUCACUAUCGCCCACCGACUCUCCACGAUUAAGGAUGCCGACGUCAUCCAUGUCAUGGGCGAAGGUCGUGUGUUGGAAUCGGGAACCCACACAGAGCUGAUGGCCCUUGAUGGACAUUAUGCCCGGUUGGUCCAGGCUCAGAAGCUCAGGUCGCAAGAGGGCACGGUCAUCGAUGAAGCACAGGAAGAGUCGGGUCCAGACGAGGAGGCGGACAUGGACAAGGCCGCCCGGGAAGAAGUCCCAUUGGGCCGUCGCAACACGCAACGUUCUCUGGCCAGCGAGAUCAUCGAGCAACGUCGAAGCGAACGAGGCGAACAGAAGGACGAGGCUCACGGUUUCGUCGUCAUCUUCAAGAGACUAGGCCUUGUUGUCCGGGAUCAAUGGGGCAAGUACUUGUGGGGUACGCUAUUUGCCAUUGUUGCAGGCAUGGUGUAUCCAUGCUUUGGCUUGGUCUUCGCCAUGGGAAUUGAUAGCUUUGCCUUGGAAGACCCUGCAGCCCGUCGAUACGAAGGAGACAGAGCUGCGUUGUGGUUCUUCAUCAUUGCGAUUGGAUCGACCAUUGCUAUUGGUGGUACCAACUACUUGUUCUCUGCCUGCGCGGCCAUUUUGACCGGUCGACUUCGGCAGUUGACCUUCAAGGCAGUUUUACGACAAGACAUUGAAUACUUCGACCGAGAUGAGAAUAGUACCGGAAGCCUGACAUCUAGGUUGAGCGAGCAUCCACAGAAGAUCAGUGGCCUCGCUGGUGUCACCUUGAGUACAAUCGUCCAGGCGAUCUCGACCUUGAUCGGUGGUUCAAUUCUCGGUCUAGCGGUCUCCUGGAAGAUUGCUCUCGUUGGAAUUGCGUGCAUGCCCCUGAUCAUAUCCGCCGGUUACAUCCGUCUCCGCGUGGUCGUCCUCAAGGAUGAGGUCAAUAAAAAGGCUCACGCAGACUCUGCUCGAUUGGCCUGUGAAGCAGCUGGUUCCAUCCGUACUGUCGCUGCGCUCACACGAGAAGACGACUGUUUGCGCGUGUACAGCAAAAGUCUAGAGGAGCCUCUCCACAAGUCCAACAAGACCGCCGUUUGGAGUCAAGGAAUCUAUGCAUUCUCCCAGUCCGUCGUCCUGUUCGUUAUCGCCCUCACCUUCUGGUUCGGUUCCCGCUUGGUCGCCAAAUUCGAGAUCACCACCUAUCAGUUCUUCGUUGGUCUCAUGGCAACCACGUUCAGUAAUAUGGAGGCGGGGAGCGUCUUCUCGUUCGUUCCGGACAUUUCGUCGGCCAAGAGUGCCGGCUCCGAUAUCAUCAAACUAUUCGACUCCCAUCCUGAGGUCGAUGCUGAAUCAGAUGCUGGGAAGAAACCCGAUCGCUCUCAAGUCAAGGGACAUAUCCGCUUCGAGAACGUCCACUUCCGAUACCCAACCCGACCCGGUGUCCGCGUCCUUCGUGAUUUCUCCUUCGAAGUUCGACCUGGUACAUACGUCGCUCUGGUUGGCGCUAGUGGUUCCGGGAAGAGUACUGUAAUCCAAUUGGUUGAACGGUUCUAUGAUCCGCUUGCUGGAGAGAUCUACCUGGAUGGCGAGAAGAUUUCGGAACUCAAUGUUCAAGAGUAUCGCAAACAGUUGGCUCUUGUGUCGCAGGAGCCCACGCUUUAUGCUGGUACCAUCCGGUUCAAUAUCCUGUUGGGCGCCAUCAAGCCUCAUUCCGAGGUCACGCAAGAGGAGAUUGAGGCGGCCUGUCGCGAUGCAAACAUUCUCGAUUUCAUUCAGUCUUUGCCUCAGGGCUUCGACACAGAGGUUGGAGGUAAAGGCUCGCAACUUUCAGGUGGCCAAAAACGUGGGUGUCUCGAGCUGGUUGUCUCGACUCUGAUUCUAACUAUUUCCUUUAGAACGCAUCGCCAUUGCAAGGGCUCUCCUUCGAAACCCCCGGGUCCUUCUCUUGGACGAGGCGACGUCUGCAUUGGAUUCCAAUUCUGA